GACUCGAGUAGCAGCUGGGGUGGAGUUUAUGCACGAUUUGGGACCCACAUGCUUUAAAUUCCCUUCGCGUUUUAUCCCACGCCACACGAGGCUGUUGGGGCAGUUGUUUUCAGUGGAUGCGAUGUGGAUAGUGGCACAGUUAUGGCUCAUCUGUCUCAGCCUCUGGCUCCCAGCUCGGCUCCACGGAGCUGUGGUUGUCUCCAAAAGAGAUGUUCCAGAUCAGGACAGAAGCUCUGGAUCUAUGGGUAAAGUGGAGGUGUACAGCGUGACGGUGGACUGCACGGUCACCUCACGUUUCGCUCACACCGUCAUGACGUCCAAGGCCCUGAACAAGGCCAACAGCUCACAGGAAAUCUUCUUUGAGGUGGAGCUCCCCAAGACUGCGUUCAUCACCAACUUCAGCAUGGAAAUAGAUGGUCAAGUGUAUGUAGGAGAAGUGAAAGAGAAGGAAAAAGCCAAGAAACAGUACGAUAAAGCUGUCUCUUCCGGACAGACUGCUGGCUUAGUCAAGGCAUCUGGGAGAAACAUGGAGAAAUUUGCAGUAUCUGUCAACAUUGCAGCUUCCAGUUAUGUUGUGUUUACAUUAACCUAUGAGGAACUUCUCCAAAGAAAACUCGGCAAAUAUGAGAUCCUGGCACGGGUAAAACCAAAGCAAGUCGUCCAGGAGUUUAAGAUCGUGGCAAACAUCUUUGAGCCACAGGGCCUUACUUUUGUUGAGACAGAAUCAACCUUCCUGUCCAAUGACCUGCUCCUUCUGGUGGAGAAAACUGUCACUGACAAAAAGGCACAUAUUUCUUUCUCGCCAACAAUGGAACAGCAAAGGGGUUGUCCAGAAUGUGAGGGAUCGAUAAUUGAUGGAGAUUUCAUUAUCAAAUAUGACGUUAAACGAGAAAAGGUUUUGGGGGACGUUCAGAUUGUCAAUGGAUAUUUUGUGCAUUUUUUUGCCCCUCCUGACCUCCCCAGAGUCCCGGUCAAUGUGGUGUUUGUCAUUGACAGAAGCGGGUCAAUGGGUGGAUUAAAGAUGAUGCAGACCAGGCAAGCACUCUCGGCCAUUUUGAGUGACCUCCACCAAGAAGACCACUUUGCUUUGAUAAUAUUUGAUCAUAGAAUUGAAAAAUGGAAAAAAUAUCUUACCAAAGCAACAGAGAAGAAUAUCACUGAUGCCCAAAGUUUUGUAAGAAGCAUAUCGAAAGACGGCUCCACCGACAUUCAUAGCGCUCUGCAGGAGGCUGUGACGAUGUUGAAGGAAAGCCAUAAGAACAACGCUGUACCAGAGAGAAGUACCGAUAUGAUCAUUUUACUCACUGAUGGAAAUCCAAGCCAUGGAGUGAGGAGCAUCCCUGUGAUUCAGAAAAAUAUUCAGGCUGCCAUCGCUGGGAACAUGUCAUUAUUUUGUCUUGGUUUUGGGAAUGACGUGGAUUACUCUUUCCUGGAUGUAAUGGCAAGGGAGAAUUUAGGAGUGGCACGAAGGAUCUUUGAGGGCUCAGAUGCCGUUCUUCAAGUUCAGGGUUUUUAUGAAGAGAUUUCCAAGCCACUGCUGUUAAACGUGGGCCUGAGAUAUUCUGACAAUGCAGUAAUGACUCAAAAUGACUUCCGACACUUGUUUGCCGGUUCCGAGAUUGUAGUGGCUGGAAAACUACCUGACGACAGUAUCGAUAAUUUGUUGGUGGAGGUGUUUGCCCAGGGGCCCAAUAUUGACUUUCAGGUCCAAGGUCAGGCUAAUGUUGAGGAUUGGAACGUCAUCUACCCAAAUGAGGAAUACAUCUUUGGGAACUUCACUGAGCGCCUCUGGGCCUAUCUCACCAUCCAACAGCUUUUGGAAAAGAGUGACAUCGGCGAUGAGAAGGAGAAGAAUAAGGCAAAGGCCCUGGACAUGUCUCUGAAAUACAGCUUUGUCACUCCUCUCACCUCGAUGCUCGUCACCAAACCCGAAACUGAAGAUGGAAAUGACAAACUCGUGGCAGAUAAACUGACUGAAGAUCAGAGACAAAAAGCUGAAAGGGCCCGUGGUGCGACUGGUGCACAAACCCCAAAUGUAGGCACCAUUCCUGCCUAUCCUGCUCUCAAAGGCAGAAGCGGAGGAGGUAGAGGAGGUGGAGGAGGUGGAGGAGGUGGAGGCAGAAGCUGGAGUUCACGAGUAGAUGUGGAUGGAGACCCACACUUCAUGAUCGAGCUGCCUGAACGAGAUGACGCUCUGUGCUUUAACAUCAACGAUAAACCAGGAACGAUUUUCAACCUAGUGAGGGAUCCUAAAUCAGGAUUCGUUGUCAAUGGAGAGAUCAUAGGAAAAAACGUUGCUGGAGAUGAAGCUAAUAUGAAAACGUACUUUGGUCGAUUUGGCAUUACCCAUAGUUCACUGGGGAUAAAGCUUGAGGUGAGCACUCAGAGCAUCGCCGUGACCCAAGACGGGGAGCGUGUUCAUCUACUCUGGUCCAAUACAACCAGAGUCAAACGGCCCAAUUUAGAAAUCAAACUGACCAAAAAUUGCAGCCUCACGGUGACGAUAAAGCACGCAGUCAAGUUUAUGGUCAUUAAACACACAAAGAUCUGGAAAAGACGCCAUGACCAGCAGGAAUACUUGGGCUUCUACAACCUGGACAGUCAUCACCUGUCGCCUUCAGUUCAUGGUCUGCUGGGUCAGUUUUAUCAUGGGGUAAGUUUUGAACUGGCAAACCCGGAUCUAGCAGAUAGCAUCAUGUUUGUGAAAGGACGAGAACUCAACGUCACCAGACACUCGCAGAAGGACUUCAGCCUGGACGUGAUAUCUGGAAAAAGUAUUGGGUGCUGGUUUGUAGGGAACAAUGGCACGGGGCUCAUAGAUGGAGCAGCCUCUGAUUACAUUGUGCCAGGUCUCUUUGAGAAUUCCUGGGAGUAGAUCGGGAAUAUUGUACAGAAUUUGUGGAAUUAAUAAUGUACAAUCAUCAUUUUUGGUCUGGGCGUCAUUAAGCACCUCUCCAGAAGGCUGCUCGAAAACUUCUGUAUCAAAAGCUGGUACUAACAAAAAAAAUAAUUCUUGAAUACAUUUUUUUGUAAAGUGGAUUCUGAGGGUUAUGGGGCUAAUCUGCUGCAAUCAGUUCAUUUAAAUCAAAUUGAGACCCAGUUGUUUCAGUGGAGCUCAUUGCCAAUAAGAUCAACUUCACUAACAUGUCUAUAGUCAAUCCUCUAUCUAUAAAAACUUAACUUAAUAAAAACUGAAGCAGAGUGUGGACUUUGAAGGCAGGUUUUUGACUUUGUUGUGUCAAGCGGCAUUUCCUGUUGUUCUUAUAACCCUGGUAGGCAUAUUAUUACUGUAGGUUAUGUACCAAAGGAAACUUGUUCUUCUUUUAAAGAGAAGAUAUAACUUUAGGAAUGAAAUAUAUAUUACACAGAGCACUAUAGACUACAGUGUAUGAAAAGGACAAAAGAAUGUUAAGUUUGUUGUAUUUUUUCUAAAACAAUGCAAUUUCAUUAAGCUCUAUUUUUUGUAUUUUGAACAUAAUAAAGUAGUUAUA